AUGGGGCAACUGCUCUCAGUCUCACUUGUUUUGGGAUGGGGAGCAUUGCACCCAGAGAGCUCUUUGGAGUUUUCUCAGGGCGAGGAAGAGGGCCUGACAGUCCAGGACCCCUUUGCCUUGCAUCUCCAAAGCCCUGGACAGACGGCUCGACAUCACCGUGAUGUCAACGGCGCUUUGAGGACCAGCUUCCCAGGGGAUUCCCAAGCCCCACAGAUAACACGUGUGGCUUCCGUGACCUCACAGGCUAAGCCCCGCCCGACCUUCUCCAGGGGGCGGGGUUCCGAGCUCCGGGCCCUGACCCGUGUCCCCCGAGGCCACCAAGCUCUACCUCUGCCCGGUUCCAUAUGCGCCAUGGGACAGCUGAUCGCCAAGUUGAUGGGCAUCUUCGGGAACCAAGAGCACAAGGUUAUCAUCGUGGGGCUGGACAACGCAGGAAAAACCACCAUUCUCUACCAAUUCCUGACAAAUGAGGUGGUCCAUACGUGUCCCACCAUCGGUAGCAACGUGGAGGAGAUUGUUCUGCGAAAGACCCACUUCCUCAUGUGGGACAUAGGGGGACAGGAGGCUCUGCGCUCCACCUGGAACACAUACUACUCAAAAACGGAGUUCAUCAUCCUUGUGAUUGACAGCACAGACCGAGACCGGCUACUGACCACUAGGGAGGAGCUGUAUAAGAUGCUCGCUCAUGAAGCUCUGCGAGAUGCCUCAGUCUUGAUCUUUGCCAACAAGCAGGACGUGAAGGAUUCUAUGACCACCAUGGAGAUCUCCCGAUUCCUCACUCUCAGUGCCAUCAAAGACCACCCGUGGCACAUACAGGGCUGUUGCGCCCUCACUGGGGAAGGGUUAGUGGCUGCCCCACCUGGACCUCCAGGACCUGGCCCAGCCAAUGGGUGACUGACCAUCAGAACACUUCUCCUGUCUCUCUUCUGUAGAUUCUGGCUCAGAGUUGGCUCCUGGGCUAAGCCAGUUGAGCACCUACUCACAGCUGAGAUGUUGUGGGUAUGCAGUGAGCAAGACAGUCCCUGCUCUCAAGGGGCUUAUUCUAGUGGGAAGAGAGGUAACACUCCUCCUAACUCCAAUAAUUGCAGGUGCUGAUAAGUGCUAUGAAAAAAGUGAAAUUGGAUAACAGUAAUGGAGAGUUUUGAGGGUGAGAAGGGGUCUGAUUUAGCUCUGGUGGCCAGGGAAGGCCUCUCCUAGGAGGUGACUUUUGCACUAAGGCCUGAAUGAAGCGGAGACAGCCAUGGGAAGACCUGGAAGACAAACCUCUAGGCAGAAAUCACUGACUGUUUCUGGGCAUUAGUUUCCUUAUCUCCAAAGAGGACGGCAACUGUGCCUACCCCCGUCAGAAUUCCUAUAGAGAUUAAAUGACACAAUUCAUUCUACAAACAUUUAUGGAACACCUCCUUUGUGCCGGGCAUUGUUCUAGGUGCUGGGAAUGCCGCAGAAAACAAAAUAGACACAAAUCCCUGCUCCAAUCCAAGCUUACUCUCUAGUGGGUGAGACAGUAAAUGAGAGACAUAUAUAGUAAAUUGGCGAUAAGUGGUAAGGAGAAAAAUAAAGCAGGAAAGGGGGAUUGGCAGUAUGUGGUGGGGGGGGUAUGCUGCAAUUUUAGAUAAGGUAUCCGGAGAAGGCCACCAAGAAGGUAGCUAUUGAGUAAACACCCAAAUGACACAAGGAGGUCAAGGCCUGUUGAAUUCCCCUUCCUCUCAAGAGGCAUUUUAGCAGGUUGGGGAGCUGGAUGCCUGAGUUGAAGAAAGGGAGACUUUAGGACCACACAUUUCAGGCAGUGUCCCUGCCACCCACUGGGUCAGGAGGAAGCCCUUCAACCCAUCAAAAAAAAAACCCUUUGCCAACCCAAUUCAUCUCAUAGCUACCCUAUAAGGCAGGGUAGAACUGCACCACAGGGUUUUCAAGGAGCAGCUGGUGGAUUUGAACUGCAGACCUUUUAGCUCACAGCCAAGCACUUAACCACCACACCACCAGGGCUCCCUUUAACCCAUAGUCAGUUCAAUUCAACCAGCAUAUCCCAUGUACCCCCCAGGUUCCACGCACUGUGCCAGGUGAGUGGCUGCUUAUUCCUGGGCUACGGCUGGCUUAGCCCAGGGGCGAGAGAUGACACAUGUAUAAUCAAGACUCCAUCCUGGCUCUGGACUUGCUCACAGUCUAGGGGGGCAGCUUGCUUAUGAAGCAGUGCCCUCUGUGAUGGAGUGGGUGGUGAUGGAGGCAUUGGCACCUUGCCCAGAAACAUCGUUAAGUGGUCCAGAAAGGCAGGUCUCCAGCCUCUUCCUCAGAGAAACCCUCCCUGACUCCCAGAUGUCCAGAAAAAAAAAAAAAAAAAUUGCUGUCAAGUCCAACUUAUAGUGACCCUGUACCAUAGAGUAGAACUGCCCUAUAGCACCUCCAAGGAGUGGCUUAUGGAUUCGAACUGCCAACCUUUUGUUUAGCAGUCAAACACUUAAUCACUGCACCAUCAGGGCUUCUAUAAGUCUCUUUCUUAACCUCAUCACCAUAUAUAAAGAAUCAUUUGCUGGACCAUUUGUUUAAUAUCUAUUUCUUCUGCUGGACUGUAAGCCCUAGAGGUCAUGUCCUUUUUGUUUUUUUCACCAGUAACUCCAGCCCCUAGCACAGUGACCUCAGGCAGUUCAUGUUUGUUGACUGAAUAAUUUGAUGUAACUUCGGCUGCCCCUCAGUCUGCUCCUGGAAGGGGCUGGGAGCUUGAAAGCUAUCAUCCUCAUCAGUACUUGGAUCCUUGUCCUGUUUCUCCCUCUCUGCAGGUUGCCUGCUGGGCUCCAGUGGAUGCUGUCUCGGACCACUGCCAACUGAUACCCCAGCCUGAGGCCAACGAAAGACUGAGGGGGUUUUACACUGACAACGUUGAUGGAAAAUCCA